AUGUUUGCUUCUGCGGUCCGUCUUUUGUUGGCAGGCCUAGCCGCCUCGGCCACAGCCUACAUCACGGCCGGGGGAGAAGUGGUGAUUCCUGGGGCGAGUUCGUACAAUGGCCUCAACCUAGUGCCCCAGAUGGGCUGGAACAACUGGAACGCAUACCACUGCGACGUUUCCGAGGAGCUGCUGCUCAAGACGGCCGAGGCGAUGGUCACGUACGGUCUGCGUGACCUGGGUUACAACUACGUCGUCCUCGAUGACUGCUGGUCCAUCGGCCGCAACGAGUCGGGCUACCUGCUGCACAACCCCGUCAAGUUCCCAAGUGGCAUGAAGUCGAUAGCCGACAAGCUGCACGCCAUGAAGUUCAAAUUCGGCAUGUACAGCUCCGCCGGCGUCUUCACCUGCGGCCGCUACCCGGGCAGCUUGGGUUUCGAGCAAAAGGACGCCGACACUUUUGCGAGCUGGGGGGUCGACUAUCUAAAGUACGACAACUGCUACAACCAAGGCCAGUCUGGUACGCCCCAGCUCAGCUUCAACCGGUACAACGUCAUGUCCAAGGCUCUCAACAACACGGGCCGCCCCAUGGUCUACGCCAUGUGCAACUGGGGCAACGACGACCCGUACGACUGGGCCUACACCAUCGCGAACAGCUAUCGCAUGAGUGGAGACAUUUACGACAGCUUCCAGCGGCCCGACUCGCGCUGUCCAUGCACAGAGACGCCGUGUAACUGGCCCGGCUUCCACUGCUCCGUCAUGAAUAUUCUGAACAAGAUGGCACCCAUUACGUCGCGGACCCAGCCCGGGGCUUUUAACGAUAUGGACAUGCUGGAGGUGGGCAACGGCGGACAAAGCGACUCGGAAUACGUCCUCCACUUCUCCAUGUGGGCCAUGAUGUCCUCCCCGUUGCUCAUGGGGACCAACAUCCCCGGACUGUCGCCCGCACACCUCUCGAUCCUGUCCAACCCGGCCGUCAUCGCGCUGAACCAGGACGUGACUGGCACCUCGGCGGUGCGCAAGUGGCGAGAGGUCAUUACAGACGACGUCGACGACGACGGGCAAGGCGAGGUUGCACUCUGGACGCGCGUGAUGAACAAUGGGGACACCGUCAUCGCCCUGAUCAACGCCGCCAACAGCUCACGAACCAUGCGCGCCACGGCCAAGGACAUCUUUCUGGAUCAGGCGACGGCCGGCACCUACCUGCCCGCCCCGGAGCUGUCGACGCCCUACGACGUCUACGAUUUGUGGGUCAAUCGCAUGAGCGACGACGAGGCCGCGUCGGUCCUCGCCGGGAACGCCACCAGCAUCGGCGCCAACAGCACCAGCGUCACCCGGUACAAUGCCACGGCGUUGGGCUACGCUCAGGGGCUGAGCCAGGACCACCCGGCCUUGUUUGGGAAGAAGGUCGGCCGCCUCGCGCCGGGUGGUGUUUGGGAAGCUCAGGUCGACAGGCACAGCGUUGGCCUGUUUAGGCUGCGUAAUGCGACGCAAGCGUCCCGGGCGAAGGACGAGCUGUAA